ACUGUAAAACAACCCACGUGGUCAACUUGACUGCACAGUUUCAUUUCUGAAAACUGUAACAUACAUAGAUAUAUACAAUUAUAAAAUAUAUUUGACGGCGGAAUUGAAAUAAAUGUCUACGUGGCACUGACACGAGUCACUAGAAUGGCACUGUUUAUGAUAAAUAGGUAUUUAGGGGAGGAGGAGGGCAGUGAAUCCAGCAGAGAGUCUCGCUCCAGAGCUUUACUAGCUAAACUUCAGGAGCAGGUCAAAGCCAGAGAACAGCAGAGCGUCUCAAACACAGCUGAUGAAGACGAGGACCACCGGGGGGGAAAAGUACAGAAGAAGAGAAAACACAAAGAACCGGAGACGGAGGGAGCGCAGCGUAAAACAAAGACGAGGGAACAUGAGAGGAAAACUGAUCUUACUGAUGAAGUUGCCAGUUCGGCUAAAAAGAAGAAAAAACUGAAAACAUUGUCCAGUGAAAAGGAGAGCACAAACACAGGAGAUAAAGCAUCCGAUAAUGAGACGUCUGUAGAGAUCACAGAAACAAGUGAAAGUGGUCUAGAGGAAGGUCAGAAGACUGAGGAGUCUGUGGACCCUCAGAUCAGUCAGGAGCCGAAGGAAGAGAGCGGCUCCUCCCAGACCACCUUCCACGUCCUGGGGGGCUUCGAAGAGAAGGCCGUGCAAAAGGUUAAAAGAGUAUUGCCCCAGUGGUUGGCCCAGCCUGACGUUAUUCAAAGAGACAUUAAGAGCAACCUCAUUCCCAUCAGUGAGGUGCCAGGCAUCUGUCCCACGCUCCUGAAGAAAUUAGAAAACAACGGGAUACAGAACUUCUUUCCAGUUCAAGCUGAGGUCAUCCCUGCCGUCAUCGAGAGCGUGAGCUCAGGGCUGCUGCUCGGUCCAGGUGGCUACAGACCCAGAGACAUCUGUGUUUCUGCACCUACAGGGAGUGGAAAAACCCUGGCGUUCGUCAUACCUGUUGUACAGGCAUUGUCCAAGCGUGUGGUGUGUGAGGUCCGAGCGCUCGCUGUACUCCCCACCAAGGAGUUAGCACAACAGGUGUCAAAGGUGUUCAGCACAUACACUGAGGGCACCGGUCUAAAGGUAGUCAUGAUCACAGGCCAGAAAUCAUUUGCUGCAGAGGAAUCGGCGCUCUCUGAAAGCAGAGGAGGUGUUAGCCACAGUUUGGCUGAUAUUGUCGUGGCCACGCCAGGCCGCCUGGUGGAUCACAUCAACAAAAACAGCAACUUCAGUCUACAACAUCUGCGAUUCCUGAUUAUUGACGAGGCGGACCGGAUGAUUGAUGGCAUGCAUCAGUCGUGGCUCGCUCAGGUGACUAAAGCAGUGUACAGAAGCCCAGGUGACACACAGACGUCUGUCUUCAGGAGAAUCCUGCCUGGCCCGAUCACAGUGGCAAGUUUGACCCCUCCACAGAUUCCUCUGCAGAAGCUGCUGUUUUCCGCCACUCUCACUCAAAACCCUGAGAAACUGCAGCUGUUGGAUCUGCACCAGCCUCGACUCUUCAGUUCCACACACAGCAGGACAGAGACCAGCACACAAGGCCAGGACGCCUUUAACUUCCCUCAGGGUCUCGCUGAGUAUUAUGUCCCCUGCACCUUGAGCAAGAAACCGCUCCUCAUCCUUCACUUCCUGCUUCGGCUCAAGUUCAGUCCUGCUUUGUGCUUCACAAACUCCAGAGAAGCAGCGCACCGACUGUAUUUGCUCGUGAAGCUGUUCGGCGGUGUGGAAGUGGCCGAGUUCUCCUCUAAACUCAACCCGAGUGAACGACAGAAAACACUGAAGGACUUUGAACAAGGGAAGAUCCCACUGUUGAUAAGCACAGAUGCUGCUGCCAGAGGCAUUGAUAUCAACGGUGUGAAAUGUGUCAUUAAUUAUGAUGCUCCUCAAUACAUCCGAACAUACAUUCACAGGGUGGGCAGAACAGCGAGAGCAGGGAAGGCUGGGUCAGCAUUCACCUUCCUUUUAGAAGUGCAGGAGAAGAGUUUCUUGCAGAUGGUGACAGAUGCUGGCAGUCCUGGCAUCGAGAGGCACUUUGUGAAACCACAAGCUCUUAAAAGCAUGGAGACCCACUAUGAGCAAACUCUGGCUGAGCUCGGCAACGUUGUGAAGGAGGAAAAUGCGAGGAAGCGUUUCUGAGGUGGAACUGACCUGAGCUGGACAUCCGUUUGUUUUUAAAUGUUUCUCAAAAAAGUAAUUUCUGGACUGUAAUGAAAUGAGCUGCAAAUUUUUUUAAUAAAAUGUAAAAAGAAA